UCGGUCUGUACGGAAAUGAAACAUGCGAUGAAAAACAAAAGUCUGGCUGCCAAUGUGUCCUGCAAUGAGUCGAGCAUGACAGUGGUUGUGGAGAAGUCCUCCAUCGUGGGUCUCCGAGUGGACCACCUGCGUCUCAGCGAUCCGUCCUGCAGCAUGAACUCCAACAGCACCCACAUCUUCAGGACCCUGGACCUCAACUCCUGUGGCACCCAGCUGGAGGAGGAAGGAGACAAUUUGAUCUUCAGAAACGUGAUCACAUCCUUUGAUGACUCCAGCAAUGUCAUCACCAGGGAACAACAGGUGGAGGCUGAGUUGUCCUGCGUCUUCCCCAAGAAGGGCACCGUCAGCCUGGAGUUCCUGGUCCACAAGAUCCCAUACAUUUUCAGUGAGAAGGGCUUUGGGAAGUUCACCUACCAGUUUGAGUUCUUCCACAGCAGUCUAUUCAACAGCAUGGUGGAUCCAGCUAGUUAUCCAGUGGAGUUGGAACUGAAGGAGAUGGUCUACAUGGAGAUCACAUCCACAACCUCCAUUCUAAACACUGAGAUGUUUGUGGAGUCUUGCCAGGCCACGCCCUCAGACAACCCUGAUGACCCCAUUCACUACAGCAUCAUCCAGAAUGGCUGCAAGAAGGAUGACACUGUUCAGAUCUACCCCAGUCCUCAGUCUCAAUUCCGUUUUGGAAUGGAAGCGUUCACAUUCAUUGGGUUGCAUGACCAGGUGUACAUCAGCUGUUCAGUGAUCCUGUGUGAGUCAGGGAACCCCAACACUCGCUGUGCUCAGGGCUGCAUCGACAGCGCCAGUCGCCAUCGAAGAGAGGCUAUCCUGCAGACCACCUCACACUACAUCUCCCAGGGUCCUUUGCGUGUGAGGAGGAAUGCUGACGGCCAAGGUUCUCAUGUCACUCUGAACCUGAACAUGGUGGUGUUCAUUGCUGGCUGUCUUCUAGUGUGUGGAGUGGUCAUCUACAGAUCCAGGAAGUCAAAGGUCAAAUACCAACUUGUCCCAACUGACCAAUAGGGCAUCGGCAUGGAGUCAGCGGGAGGAGACAGGGGGCAUGGAGUGGGGGAGCUUGCCAUAGUAACAGAUCUGAAAGCCUCAUCUUAACCAUUAGUGAUUGAAAAACAAAACUGACUUUAGAUUAGUUUCUACAGGCAACUUCAUCUUACUGGUGUCUCCUGUUUUACCAUUGGCCUUGAGUGCAUUACAUCUUAAACUGUUGCCUAACUGACAACUGUGAUUUCAUGAUAAACAGAAUUUGAUUUUUUAGGACACACUAGGAGGUGUUUUUUAAACAAUAUAUUUACUUAAACUUGAUCUGGGGUGAUAUGUAAACUAACUUUAUGUAAUUUCUGGUAAUAUUCAGUAAGUUGAGGAAAAUUAAGGAUGUUGGUUAUAUUGAUUUUAUGUUAAAUAGCUUUUACACUGUUUAGUAACUUGUGAUUUUGAUGUUGAUUCUUUUACUUUUGUAUUUCUUAAAUAGAAAACCAUGAAAAACACUUUAAAAUCUCAUAUAGAUUGUAUUUGUCAUACAUAUUUAACAAUCAUUUAAAAAACAUUCUAAGAUAAAACAUAAUGCAGUUUAUUUAGAGUACUACAAUUAAGCAAAAAUAUUAAUGAAAAUGUUUGUUUUCAGUCAUCAGUUGAGCUGUCAUGUUGGUGACUGGAUUUGGAAUGGGAAGAGGUGCCGAUAAAUUUUAAUAGAUACAUUCUACAACAACACAAUUUGAACAAGUGGUUUGGGGAAACAGCCAGCACCUAGUUUGGAGAACAGGCUGAAAAAUGAAGCCCAGGGUGGAUGUGUCUGGCCCUAAAAAUGUGCAUGUCUGCAACUGAAUGGGGGUGUCUGCCUCUCAAUAAGUGUGGCUUCUUCAGAAUGGGCAUGUAAUUAUUAUGGGCAUGAAAAGUAAUAAAAGUAUGCAUUCCUCUG